CGUGAGCGGGGCGCUGGGGGCCAUGUCCCCAUCCCCAGCGCGACCCCGUCCCUGCGGGGAUGCGUUUGGGGGCGAGACCUGCCCCGCGCCCCUGAAAAGGUCCGGGUGAUGCUCCAGCCCAGCGAGUACCGGAGCAAACGUGCUCCAUCCUCCUGCAUCCCUCCCCUCUGCCCCGUGGUCCCAUCCUGCUCCCCACCGGAGCAUCCCCGCGGCGGCAGAGCCCGUGCCGUGCCGCUGAAACCAGGGCAGGUUCGCACCAGCAUGGCCGAACGCUGAAUUUGGUGCGCUGCCCGCACGGGGAGGGAGGAGAGGAGGACGUCUCUGCUCCCGGGGGUUGUCUGUACGUCCGUCCGGCUGCAACAGGAAACCCAACACCGUGGCGGCGGGGACAAAGUGCUGCGCUCUCCCCUCCUGCGGUGCGGGGUAUAAAACCUCCCAGAGGGUCGAGACCUGCCUGCAGCUCUCUGCCUGCGGGUGAGGGGGACUCGCUGCACCCUAGGUCAGGGUCCCCUUCUCCCGACGCACCCCAGGCAUCGCCUCCGCCUCCGACCCCCCCCUCGGCUCCUCUCCCUGCAGCCCCGGGGCUGCUGCUGUGUCCCGACGCCAUGGCCACGGGCGAGCUGACCGAGCUGGAGACGGCCAUCGAGAAGAUCGUCACCGUCUUCUUCACCUACGCCGGGAAGGAGGGCAAGAAGGGCACGCUGACGGCUGGCGAGUUCAAGGAGCUGGUCCAGCUCCAGCUGCCCAACCUGAUGAAGGACGUCCCCUCUCUGGAGGAGAAGAUGAGCGAGCUGGAUGUGAACAACGACGAGGAACUGAAAUUUGGCGAGUACUGGCGGCUGAUCGGGGAGCUGGCGAAGGCCAUGCGGAGGGAGAAAGCGGGGAAGAAGAAGUGACGGGGCUGGUGGGGAAACCCGGCUGAUGUGGAGCUAAUAAAAAAGGUUUUCCUGAG